AAGAAUUAGGCGCCGUUAUUGUAUUAUGCGCUCCGAAGGACUCAGCAAAAAGGAGGACAUUCUUGAAUGUGUAAAUAGUAAGGUAGAUGACAAAAAACUGCGACAAUUUUCAAUCAGUCGAUAUGGGUUAGUGGAUAACGAUGUUAGAAAAGUUGUAUGGCCAAUUUUAGUGAGAGGAAAUUGCGAACUACCAGAUAUAGACCCUGAAAUGGUAAAGCACCAUCCAAGCUAUCAUCAAGUUAAAUUGGACACAUGUCGUAUGACAAGUUUAAUGCCUAAGAACUCAAAUCCCGAAGAAAUUGAAAGUAUGCAACAAAUUGUUACUCGUCUAGUGAUUUCUGUAUUAGUGGAUAAUCCUUCUUUACAUUAUUAUCAGGGUUUCCAUGAUAUUUGUUAUGUAUUCUUUUCCGUUUUGGGUGAAAGAGAAUCUCGAAUGUUGCUGAAUAAAUUGAUCCCAACUCAUUUCAGUUUGUUCAUGCAGAAAUCUAUGGAUGUAACUCUCGAAUACAUGCAAUUGAUAUUCGCCUUGUUAGAACAUGUUUCAACUUCUGUACUGAAUAGUAUAGAAUCUGUUGAGUUAGGCCCAGAUUUCGCUAUUGCUUGGAUUAUUACUUGGUUUGCUCAUGUUCUACCUAAUAUGGAUGAUGUCAGACGCCUGUUUGAUCUAUUUUUAGCAACAGAUCCUAUCAUGUUGGUUUAUGUUUCAGUUGCUGUGAGUUUGUAUUAUUUAAAAAAAAAUAGGAUAUCGAAGUAGAUUUCACUACUUCUGUAAUGUAUUAGGAUAUUAAAAAGGUGGAUAAUAAAAAGUUGAUAUAUCUUUCUCCAGAAUUUUCUUUAUGGAUUCUAUUCUGGAAAGUUACCUCAUACUACCUUGUCACCUUUUGUUAUAAUUUCUCUUAUUAUGACCUAGUUAUUCCUAUUGCUUAGUAAUCUUAGACACAAAUUCACUCGACAAGUCCUCAAAUCAGAGCAUCGUUAAACAGGAACUGAAUUACAUUUCAAAUAACAAGGGUAUAUGAAAGUAAGAGUUACAAUAAGAAAACCUUUAGUAUAUUUACAGUUUUUACACGAGAAGAUUCUAGAGUCUUUCCCAAGUAUCCACUAGCGCUGAUUAGAUAAGAAAUAGCCAGACUACUUGGUUGGGGUCUGCGUGACUAUUGUAACCAAUGUUUAGAGACUCUGGAUGACAUGGCUCAGAAUCGACCACAAUGGGGUCGGUGUAUACACUCUUUGUCUUCCCUUAAACCGUAAGACUAAAAUUGCUUUAUAUCUUUCUUUCUACGAGCUAAUUCUUUCUUCCUGUAUGAUAUCCUUAUACUCAAUCUUUCUUUUAUAUAUUACUAUCAUUGAAGUAACUACUAUGAUUAGGUGUCUAUCUUGUUGUCUUAAUAAGGUAUGGCAACUUAGACCGAUGCAUAUAUAUGCCUGGUCCUACGUUGCACCUGACUGACUGAGAAUCAGCGUGCCCCAACAUAAUGCUACACGGAACGUGCUUUAAUCCAAUCCAUAUUGCGCUAACCCCUUUAAUCAAAAUCAAUUAUGGAUUGUUAGUGUUUUUGUUUGUAGUAAUGACUAUGAUUAAUGACCUUUAAAGUUAUUUAGGCUUAUUUUUUAAAUUUAUCUUUAUUAUGGAUACUUAAAAUAACCCAUAGUGUCAUUGAAUAAGAAAAAGAGAAUUCAGCGAAUAAAAUUUUCGUUUUGAUUGCUGCAACUUGGUCUUCUCAUUUAGCAGUUUUGAUUGCCCCACUGAUCAUUCGUCACCUAUUCUUUAUUUGAAAAGUUAUUAAAAUAAAUCAAGUGUCUUGUUUAUCAAUCCUUACCAUCUGUCAGACAACUUCAGAAAAUCAACGUUGCAAAAAACCUCGAAACGACUUGAAACAAUAGAUUACGUAAUUCAACCCUUAAGUAAAUAGAUUUCAAGUUAAGCGUGUAGUUUGGGAAGCGAGGGAUAAGGUGAUUUACAAAGUUUAAAAACCAUUAGUUGAGAAAAGUGUAAUAUUUAAUGAAUUACAACCAUCUUUGAUGUGUAUUAUCGAAAUGAGCGAAUUCUUAAUUAUAAUCCUUUCAUUGAUUGUUGACUUUAGAAUUGUAAUUUACCUGAGUUACUAUUUAUAGAUCAUUGGAAUAUGACUCAGAUAUAAGUAUUAUGUAUUAGAGAAAGACAUUCUCAACCAAUAUCAUUCUUACUAAAAACUAUAUUAGGCUUCUUAAACAUUGAAAAAUCAAUGUUGAAGAAAGGUUUUAGUUGAUUUUCAGUCUACACUUUAUACAUAGUUAGUUUUCAUUUGUUAGUGAAUUUGAACAGUUUAAAUUGUUUUGUGUUAUUACUAAGGUUUUGUGAUUUACUGUUGUUGAUAUUCGGGACUGCAAUUGGCCAGUUUCUAUUUUGGAAGUUUACUAAAACUUGUGAUAUAAUGCUGUUAGCGGGCAUAGACUGGAUUAAAGCAUGCUCAAUGUACGAUUGCUUUGGUGCACACUGAUUGGCUAAUCCUUAUCCAAUCAGCACUAGUCGAUACUUGGGGAAUACUCUAGAAUCUUCUCAUGUAAAAACUAUAAAUAUACUAAUGUUUUCCCUAUUGUGCUUCUUACUUCCAUCUAACCUUGUUAUUUGGAAUAUGAUCUCUUCUCUGUUCAACCGUGUUCUGAUUUGGGGACUUGUCGGGUGAAUCGAUGUCUGAGAAUUCUAAGCAAUAGGAAUAGCUGGGUCAUAACCGUAAGAAAGAGAUUAUAACAAAUGCUGUAUCAAGGCAGUCGUUUAAGAUUCAUACAUGGUAAUUAAGACUAAUCAGUUACAGUCCUGAAUAUCAACAGUGUGAAGUUGCAAGCCCUUAUUAAUACCUUUAUACUUAUUGAAAAAGUUAGUGGCCAUGUAGAUUCAGUUGCCCAAUGGACAACAAAUUGUCCGUUUGAAGCUAAACACAUUGAUUCCAAAUUUCUGUGCAAACAUUAUGUAUGGUAGUGAAAGUAAAUAUGAUUGGCCACUAAGCGUGGACAAAUAGGCACACAGCUUAUUGGAUAUCAAAUAUGUAAUUUCCUUUCAUUCUAUUGAUAUCUACCACGGACUCACUGCGAGUGAUUGUUUGUAAUUGUAUGGAGUAAAGUGUUGUCUAGAGUUACACUGGUUCUCUAUUUGCGAUUGUGAAUCGGGUAUAUGAUAUGACAUGAUUUAAUCUGCGUAUAACGUGUAAAUCGAGUAUUCAAUCCAGUGGUAGUACAAACUCGGUCACCAGUCUUAUCGUACUAUAUCGUGAAACGAGAGGAAAGAUUUCCAUUAAUCCGUUAUAUCACAUCACUAAAAUUCAAGUACAUUCAGCUGAUGGAUCCAAAAUGCGAUGGAACGUUCCCGCUGUAUUCUAUUGCUAGACACGUUCCAAGAAUAUGAAAUGGUUGCAUAUUGUCUACUUUUUUGUUUUAUACACUUUUCAUGAUUAUUUUUCUACUCUUUAAUAACUAAUAAACUAUUGUUGAUUUCGUCUUAAAAUUAAAAAUAUCCCUCUUUUCAUAGAUAAUUACUAUCAGUGCCAAAGAAGUGGAAUCAACACCGUUGGAUUUUGCUCUUUUGUAUCAAACACUUGCACGUCUACCUAAACUACAUCCUGUUGAGGAGCUUAUCCGUGAAGCUUUAAAAAUUUACAUUGAUUUAGAACCAGACAAAUUGAUUGAAUUAGGCAAUAAACGUAUUCUAAAAUAUCGUGAGCAAAAAUUACUAAACCGAUCACCAAUAAUACGUCAACCAUUUUCAAAACCUACAAAUAAACAUAUAUUAUGGGGAUUAGUUACGCAGCAUCAAAGAACUAUUUUCUCUCUUAGUCUUAUCGUCAUUGUAAUUAGUUAUUUAUUAAAUAAAAGUUUAAAAGACUAGAAAAAAAAAUGAAAAAAAAGACCUAAUUAUUACUGUUCAUAGUUAUGUAAUAGAGUUGAUUAUUUUCCAAGUUAUUUUGUCAAUACUUUAUUCAACUUGUUCAGAAACUUCUCUAUAAAUAUAUUUAUUAUUUCUUGGAAAUGCUUUCAAUGCGAGCUGAUGUAUGCAGUAUGUUCACCUCUUUUUAUUUCAGAAAUCUUUCUUCCCUUCUUUUUUCCACCCUGUUUUAUGUCUUUUUAUAUUAUGGAUAUUCUAUGUCUAUGUAGUAUUGUUGGUGAAUUGUACGGUAGAUAAGGAAUCUGUUUGAUUUUUCUCCUUAGGAAAAUUUCUGAUGAUAAUAAUUUCAUUAUUUAUUUUUAUUAUUUAUAUAUAUUUUUUUGAUAAAUAAAUUUAUGGAACAAA